CUCACAUCAACAGGUUAGUGCAGCAGGUUUAUAAAAGCCUCCGGGUUGAAGUGAACCUCAGAGAAACUCCAGAGAAGGAAGAGACGACCUGCAGAGAUGGACUACUUCUUCUAUUUCUCCAUUCAAACAUGGACUCUGCUGAUCGCCUUCGUCACACUCUUCUUUGUCUACGCCAACUGGACAUAUGGGGCAUUUAAGAAGAUGGGCAUUCCUGGUCCCAGUCCUGUCCCUUUGUUUGGCACUAUGCUGGCAUAUAGAAAGGGAUUCACCAAAUUUGAUCAGCAGUGCUUUAACAAGUAUGGAAAAACAUGGGGCAUCUUCGACGGCCGUCAGCCCGUGCUGUGUAUCACAGACCCUGGCAUGAUAAAAACUGUUUUGAUAAAGGAGUGUUACUCUCUCUUCACCAAUCGCAGAAAUUUCCGUCUGAAUGGGCCGCUGUAUGACGCUGUGGGCAUUGCAGAGGACGAGCAGUGGAGGAGGAUUCGUAGCAUCCUCUCUCCAUCCUUCACUUCAGGAAGACUGAAAGAGAUGUUUGACAUCAUGAAACGGCAUUCUGCUAACAUGAUGAGCAGCUUUACAAAGAAAGCAGACAAGGAUGAACCAAUAGAGCUGAAGGACGUCUUUGGAUCCUUCAGCAUGGACAUAGUUACCAGCACAGCCUUUAGUGUUGACAUCGACUCUCUCAACAACCCUUCCGACCCCUUUGUCGCCAACAUUAAAAAGAUGCUGAAGUUUGACCUUUUCAGCCCUCUCCUCGUCAUUAUUGGGUUCUUUCCUUUCAUGGGUCCCAUUUUUGAAAAAAUGGAGCUUUCGUUUUUCCCUAAAUCUGUGACAGACUUCUUUUACGCCGCACUGCAGAAGAUCAAGUCAAGUCGCGCUAAGGGCGAACAAAUGAAUCGAGUGGACUUCCUUCAGCUGAUGAUUGACUCCCAGAAAAACAGCGGCCCCAGUGAAGCAGAUCAGGAUAAAAGUUUAACCGAUCAUGAGAUCCUCUCCCAGUCAAUGACUUUCCUCUUUGCUGGCUAUGAAACAACCAGCAGCACUCUGACUUUCUUGGCUUACAACCUGGCAAAAAAUCCCGACGUCAUGAAAAAGUUGCAGCAUGAGAUUGACACCACCUUCCCUAACCAGGCUCCUAUCCAGUACCAACCACUGAUGCAGAUGGAGUAUCUGGAGGGUGUUAUCAACGAGUCCCUCCGCCUGUACCCCAUUGUUCCACGUGUGGAGCGUGUUGCCAAAGCAACUGUGGAGAUCAACGGCAUCGUGAUUCCAAAAGGGAUGGUCGUCAUGGUUCCCACGUGGCCGAUGCACCGGGACCCCGAUGUGUGGCCUGAACCCGAGAAAUUCAAACCGGAGAGGUUCUGCAAGGAAAACAAAGACUCAAUCGAUCCGUACACCUACAUGCCGUUUGGGUUGGGGCCGAGAAACUGCAUUGGGAUGCGGUUUGCUUUGGUGAUGAUUCGCCUUGCCCUGGUGGAGAUCCUCCGGAAGUACAACUUCACCGUGUGUAAAGAGACUGAGAUCCCCUUGGAGUUGGACAUUCAGGGUCUAGUGGCUCCAAAACGUCCCAUCAAACUGAAGCUGACGCCACGUUCUUAACCUUCCAGCUAGAAAAAAAAAACAACAAAACAACACAAAAGAUUUAAACUGAGAUGUGUACAUAAAAGCACCAUGUAAACAUUUCGAUACCACAGCACAGUUGUGUGUGACUCUAUAUCACCUCAUCCUCACCUUGGAGGCAAAUAUAACUCCAAUUUACAAUGAACUAUGUGUAGAUUCUUCUCUUGUGUGCCGUCUGUCUUAUAGUUAAACAAUGAAAUGUGCUACAGAAAAGAAAUACAACAGAAAUUAUAAAGAAAUAUAGUUUUAUUGGUGUUCAGAUUUUUCUUUGUAUUAUCAUCUGCAUUACAAUAGUUUACACAUCAUCUAAACAUUACUCACAGACCCAAGUUGAGGAGAGGAAACUAAUAAAAGUGCAUGUUAUAUAAUCAAAUCCAUCCAUCCAUCCAUUCUCUAUACAUCGCUUAAUCCUCACGAGGGUCGCGGGGGGUGCUGAAGCCUAUCUCAGCUGACUCAGGCGAAGGCAGGGGACACCCUGGACAGGUCGCCACUCUGUCACAGGGCAUAAUCAAAUCCAUCUUUCAUUUUUAUUUUUUAACCAGAAAAAAGCUUUUCCAAAUGUUUAGAUUUUCUUCAAUCCGUGAUUCUACUGUUAGAUGACUCAGAUAUUCACAUAUCUGUGUUAUAAUAUUAAACUAAUGUCCUGUGAUAGUGAUAUGUGACAAGAGUUUAGAUGGUAAUGGACGACUCCACAUUGUCAUAGCUGUACUUAUCCAUAUGUAAAAUUUGAGGGGGGUUUUUCAGCCUUAUUGUUCUUUUGGAAUUUCUUGUCCUUCUUUCAUGCAUCUUCUGUAUCCAGCUGCUGUAACAUGUGAAUUUCCCCGCUGACGGAUCAAUAAAAUUGACCUUAUCAUAUUAAA